AUGGAAGCACAAAAAAAACCUCCAAAAACAAGCAAAAAGUCUAAAAACUUGUACAAAUCACAACGGCCGCGGCGGGAGCGGGGACACACAGCGCGGCGGGAGCGGGGACACACAGCGCGGCGGGAGCGGGGACACACAGCGCGGCGGGAGCGGGGACACACAGCGCGGCGGGAGCGGGGACACACAGCGCGGAGGGAGCGGGGCCAGACAGCGCGGAGGGAGCGGGGCCAGACAGCGCGGAGGGAGCGGGGCCAGACAACGCGGCGGGAGCGGGGCCAGACAACGCGGCGGGAGCGGGGCCAGACAGCGCGGCGGGAGCGGGGCCAGACAGCGCGGCGGGAGCGGGGCCAGACAGCGCGGCGGGAGCGGGCCCAGACAGCGCGGCGGGAGCGGGGCCAGACAACGCGGCGGGAGCGGGGACAGACAACGCGGAGGGAGCGGGGCCAGACAGCGCGGAGGGAGCGGGGCCAGACAGCGCGGCGGGAGCGGGGCCAGACAGCGCGGCGGGAGCGGGGCCAGACAGCGCGGAGGGAGCGGGGCCAGACAACGCGGUGGGAGCCGCCAUCAUCAGACAAAAGGAGGAGCACAAUUCAGAUUAUCGCACUAACAUCUCUGCAGACCAUCUCACCCUGUGCUCUGCAAGCUGUGACAAAACUACAACUCCCAGCGUGGUGCUUUAGCUACGUUUAUACUCCCAGCGUGCCUUGA